GCCGGCGGCCGGGUGCAUCCUGUAACGGAGAUCGCCAAGGGCUGCAGGGUGGCGCCGGCAGCGCCAUGGAGGCCCCAUUUUCAAUGACUGCGCACUACGACGAGUUCCAGGAGGUCAAGUAUGUGAGCCGGUGCGGCACGGGGGGUGCGCGCAGGACCUCGCUGCCCCCUGGCUUCCCGCUGGGCGCUGGGCGCAGCGCCACCGGGACCCGGGCUGGGCUGCCACGCUGGAACCGGCGCGAGGUGUGCCUGCUGUCGGGGCUGGUGUUCGCCGCCGGCCUUUGCGCCAUCCUGGCAGCAAUGCUGGCGCUCAAGUACCUGGGUCCGGGCGCGGCGGGCAGCGGAGCCUGCUGAGGGUGCCCCGAACGCAAGGCUUUCGCGCGCGCCGCCCGCUUCCUGUCCGCCAACCUGGACACCAGCAUAGACCCGUGCCAGGACUUCUAUUCCUUCGCGUGUGGUGGCUGGCUACGGCGGCACGCCAUCCCCGACGACAAGCUCACCUACGGCACCAUCGCGGCCAUCGGCGAGCAGAACGAGGAGCGCCUGCAGCGCCUGCUGGCGCGGCCCGGGGGUGGGCCGGGUGGCGCGGCCCAGCGCAAGGUGCGUGCCUUCUUCCGCUCGUGCCUCGACAUGCGCGAGAUAGAGAGGCUCGGCCCCAGGCCCAUGCUCGAGGUCAUCCAGGACUGCGGAGGCUGGGACCUGGGUGGCGCCGCCGAGCGCCCGGGGUCCUCGGGACACUGGGACCUCAACCGGCUGCUGUACAAGGCGCAGGGCGUGUACAGCGCCGCCGCGCUCUUUUCACUCACCGUUAACCUGGACGACAGAAACUCCUCACGCUAUGUCAUCCGCAUUGACCAGGAUGGGCUCACCCUACCGGAGAGGACCCUGUACUUAGCUCAGGAUGAGGACAGUGAGAAGAUCCUGGCAGCUUACCGAGUGUUCAUGGAGCGCCUGCUCAGCCUACUGGGUGCCGAUGCUGUGGAGCAGAAGGCCCAGGAGAUCCUGCAGCUGGAGCAGCGGCUGGCCAACAUCACAGUGUCAGAGUACGAUGACCUCCGUCGAGACGUCAGCUCCAUGUACAACAAGGUGACGCUGGGACAGCUGCAGAAGAUCACUCCCCAUCUGCAGUGGAAGUGGCUGCUGGACCAGAUCUUCCAGGAGGACUUCUCAGAGGACGAGGAGGUGGUGCUGCUGGCCACGGACUACAUGCAGCAGGUGUCCCAGCUCAUCCGCUCCACACCCCGAAGGAUCCUGCACAACUACCUGGUGUGGCGCGUGGUGGUGGUCCUGAGUGAGCAUCUGUCCCCACCGUUUCGAGAGGCUCUGCAUGAGUUGGCACGUGAGAUGGAGGGGAGUGACAAGCCCCAGGAGCUGGCCCGUGUCUGCCUGGGCCAGGCCAACCGCCACUUUGGCAUGGCUCUUGGCGCCCUCUUUGUACAUGAACACUUCUCAGCUGCCAGCAAAGCCAAGGUGCAGCAGCUGGUGGAAGACAUCAAGUACAUCUUGGGCCAGCGCCUGGAGGAGCUGGACUGGAUGGAUGCUGAGACCAAAGCGGCUGCUCGGGCCAAGCUCCAGUACAUGAUGGUGAUGGUCGGCUACCCAGACUUCCUGCUCAAACCCGAGGCCGUGGACAAGGAGUAUGAGUUUGAAGUCCACGAGAAGACCUACUUCAAGAACAUCUUAAACAGCAUCCGCUUUAGCAUCCAGCUCUCAGUCAAGAAGAUCCGGCAGGAGGUGGACAAGUCCACGUGGCUGCUUCCUCCACAAGCACUCAAUGCCUACUAUCUACCCAACAAGAACCAGAUGGUGUUCCCUGCUGGUAUCCUGCAGCCCACCCUGUAUGACCCCGAUUUUCCACAGUCUCUGAACUACGGGGGCAUUGGCACCAUCAUCGGGCACGAGCUGACCCAUGGCUACGACGACUGGGGGGGGCAAUAUGACCGCGCGGGCAACCUGCUGCACUGGUGGACAGAGGCCUCCUACCGCCGCUUCCUGCGCAAGGCCGAGUGCAUCGUCCACCUCUACGACAACUUCACUGUCUACAAUCAGCGGGUGAAUGGGAAGCACACACUUGGCGAGAACAUCGCAGACAUGGGGGGCCUCAAGCUGGCCUACUAUGCUUAUCAGAAGUGGGUGCGGGAGCAUGGCCCAGAGCACCCACUGCACCGGCUCAAGUACACACACAACCAGCUCUUCUUCAUUGCCUUUGCCCAGAAUUGGUGCAUCAAACGGCGGUCACAGUCCAUCUACCUGCAGGUGCUGACCGACAAGCACGCGCCUGAGCACUACAGGGUGCUGGGCAGUGUGUCCCAAUUUGAGGAGUUUGGCCGGGCCUUCCAUUGCCCCAAAGAUUCGCCCAUGAACCCUGCUCACAAGUGCUCUGUGUGGUGAGCCGGCCACUCCACACCCACCCGCACGCCCCCACUGUCCUGCACGAAUUGCCUCCUGCUGGCCCCUGGACCUGGCCCUGGCCCCAAUCUGGGUGCCACCUGCCUUCCCAGCCCCUCCAGGACCUCAGCCCCUGCUGUCCAUCACUUUAGGGAUGACUCAGAGCAGGGAUGAGGUUGGGCUCUAGGAAGGCAGGAGAGAGAUGCAGGGGUCCCCAGACUUGACUCUAGUCAGCCAGAGCCUGUGGCCAGGCCGGACUCUCCAGGCCCCACCUUUGCUGUGUUCUUGCUGCUAUGUCUGGUCAAUA